UUGGUACGUUAAACGGAAAUGAGCUUGCGUUGCUGUGUGCGCAUGCGCACUGCGAAUUGGGUUGGAGUUCGCGGUAGUGACAGUUGCGCCGUUGUGCUUUUGACGCUUAGGGUGGGAGAGACCGGAAAAACUCGAUCGCUAAGCAUCAAACACAAGAGAGAUGGCUGCGAUCCGUAAGAAGCUGGUGAUUGUUGGAGAUGGUGCAUGUGGCAAGACUUGCCUCCUCAUCGUCUUCAGUAAGGACCAGUUCCCCGAGGUGUACGUGCCCACCGUGUUUGAAAACUAUGUGGCUGACAUCGAGGUGGAUAGCAAACAGGUGGAGCUGGCACUAUGGGACACGGCAGGACAAGAAGAUUACGAUCGUCUCCGUCCUCUCUCGUACCCGGACACUGACGUCAUCCUCAUGUGUUUCUCCAUCGACAGUCCUGACAGUCUCGAGAACAUUCCGGAAAAGUGGACUCCUGAGGUGAAACAUUUCUGCCCCAAUGUCCCCAUCAUCCUGGUGGGCAACAAGAAGGACCUGCGCAAUGAUGAACACACACGCCGUGAGCUAGCCAAGAUGAAGCAGGAGCCAGUGAAAGCAGAGGAGGGCCGCGACAUGGCGAACCGGAUUUACGCCUUUGGCUACAUGGAAUGCUCGGCCAAGACGAAGGACGGCGUGCGGGAGGUGUUUGAGAUGGCCACCAGGGCGGCGCUGCAGGCCAGGAAAGGCAAAAAGGGCAACAAAUGCCUCUUAUUGUAAAUUUGAACGGGACUCUGCGCUCAUUAUGCAGGGUGGGAGGGGCUGAACACCCCUUCCACACCCCUUCCCCCUCCCCAGUCAGCCUGCCUGAAAUGACUGUGCUCAACCGUUAAACCGCUUUUUUUUUAAAUUACGUCUUUUAAGCGAAACCAGUAACGGAAAGUUUUGUUUUUUGUCAGUAUUUAAAGAGGCAGAUCAGGAGCUAUGCUGUUCUAUUGUACUUUUACACACACACCCUUAUUAAAUUCGCCAUAUAAACUCGUGCCGAGCCAACGGUAAACGGAGAAAUGUUGGAGUUGUGUAUUUGCUAGGUGUUUGUAUCGGUGAUGUUUCACUGUGACCGAUAGCCCAUGCAGUUAUUUUGGAUUAUGAAUAUGCAAUGAAGAAAAAAAGACCAGGACCAAUGUGCAGUACAGAAAAGACACAGCAGUCUGUGUGGUUUCUGAAAUGCAUACACUUGGACAAGACUUGAAACAUUUUUUUUUUUUUGUUUUAUUUCUUUUUUCUCUUUCUUUCAAAACAAACAGAAACCUAAUUUGGUAUCUUUGUCUAUUAAAGAAAAACUUUUUAGAAACUCA